AUGUCUUACAACAACGACCAAUCCUCCGACAAUUACGGUAGUCAAAACCAAGGCUCCGGCUUUGGUGGAAACGAUUCUAGCUACGGUGGCAACCAAGGAGGCUACGGCGGCAGCAAUGACUCCAACCAAGGAGGCUACGGCGGCAGCAAUGACUCCAACUAUGGAGGCAACCAAGGAAGCAGUGGGUCCGGCGACAGCGGCAACGACAGCUAUGGUAGCCAAUCUAGCAGCUUCGGCAACCAAGGUGGUAGCGACAAUUUUGACAAUCAGUCAUCUGGGAACCAGAGCGGGAACUCCUCCGGCGGUGGCAUCGGUGGAAUUUUGAACAAGGCAGAGGGGUUCAUGAACCAGGGCAGUGGCUCUAGCAACAACAAUAACAACAAUAACACCCAACAAGGCGGCGGAGCUGACAGCUUUGCGGAUUCGACCAUCGACAAGGAAGUCGACCAAUAUGCCCCUUCUGGGAUGAGCAAUACCAUCAACCAGGGUGUUAACAACGCGAUCAACAAGUUUAUGUGA